AUGAUUGUGUACCCAAAACGUCCAAGAGAGACGUUUAAAAACUGUUUCCAGAUUGAUAGGUUGUAUGAUUGGAAAAAGAGCCCCGACUCUGAUGUGGCUGCUACUUUAAAGAAGCAGAAGAAGAAUACAAAAGAUGAAUUUGAGGAGCGAGCAAAGGCUAUUAUUGUGGAAUUUGCACAGCAGGGUUUGAAUGCAGCCUUGUUCUAUGAGAACAAAGAUCCCCGCACUUUUGUGUCCUUGGUACCUACCUCUGCACAUACUGGUGAUGGCAUGGGAAGUCUGAUCUACCUUCUUGUUGAGUUAACUCAGACCAUGUUGAGCAAGAGACUUGCACACUGUGAAGAGCUGAGAGCACAGGUGAUGGAGGUUAAGGCUCUUCCAGGAAUGGGCACCACUAUCGAUGUGAUAUUGAUCAAUGGGCGUUUGAAGGAAGGAGAUACAAUUAUUGUUCCUGGAGUGGAAGGGCCCAUUGUAACUCAGAUUCGAGGCCUCCUGUUACCUCCUCCUAUGAAGGAAUUACGAGUGAAGAACCAGUAUGAAAAACAUAAAGAAGUAGAAGCAGCUCAGGGGGUAAAAAUCCUUGGAAAAGACCUCGAGAAAACAUUGGCUGGUUUACCCCUCCUGGUGGCUUAUAAAGAAGAUGAGAUCCCAGUUCUUAAAGAUGAAUUGAUCCAUGAAUUAAAGCAGACACUAAAUGCUAUCAAACUAGAAGAAAAGGGAGUCUAUGUGCAGGCAUCUACACUGGGGUCUUUGGAAGCACUGCUUGAAUUCCUGAAAACGUCAGAAGUGCCCUAUGCAGGAAUCAACAUUGGGCCAGUCCAUAAAAAAGAUGUUAUGAAGGCUUCGGUGAUGCUGGAACAUGAUCCUCAGUAUGCAGUAAUUUUGGCCUUUGAUGUGAGAAUCGAACGGGAUGCACAAGAAAUGGCUGAUAGUUUAGGAGUUAGGAUUUUUAGUGCAGAAAUUAUUUAUCAUCUAUUUGAUGCCUUUACGAAAUAUAGACAAGACUACAAGAAACAGAAACAAGAAGAAUUUAAGCAUAUAGCAGUAUUUCCCUGCAAGAUGAAAAUCCUCCCUCAAUAUAUUUUCAAUUCUCGGGACCCAAUAGUGAUGGGAGUGACUGUGGAAGCAGGUCAGGUGAAACAAGGGACACCCAUGUGUGUCCCUAGCAAAAAUUUUGUAGACAUUGGAAUAGUAACAAGUAUUGAAAUAAACCAUAAACAAGUGGAUGUUGCAAAAAAAGGACAAGAAGUCUGUGUUAAAAUAGAACCUAUCCCCGGUGAAUCUCCCAAAAUGUAUGGAAGACAUUUUGAAGCGACAGACAUUCUUGUCAGUAAGAUCAGCCGGCAGUCCAUCGACGCCCUCAAAGACUGGUUCCGAGAUGACAUGCAGAAGAGUGACUGGCAGCUUAUUGUGGAGCUGAAGAAAGUAUUUGAAAUCAUCUAAUUUUUCCACACGGGGCAGGAAUUGGAAUAAGUGCAUUGUUACAUUGUAAUAUCACCAAGAAAACAAGACAAAAAAAUGGAAUGGCUAUAUCUGGACACUGAUGAACUUGAGUAUGGAAGGAAAAAAAUAGGUGUAUAAAAUGUUUUCCAUGAGAAACCAAGAAACUUACACUGGUUUGACAGUGGUCGAUUACAUGUCCCCACAGUUCCAACGUGCCUGCUCACUCUUUCCUAACCCUUCUCUACUGGCUGCUGUUUUAAAGUUUGCCCUUCCCCAAAACUGAGAUUUUUAUUACUGAUCUAAAGCUCUUUGAAUUUUAUACUGAUUAAAUCAGUACUGCAGUAUUUGACUAACCAAAA